UGCUGAGCUCCGUUUCGUUGACAGCGCGGCGACUGCCCUGAGUGCCCGGCGGAAGGAACAGUAAGAAGAGGGAGGAGGCGCAGGAUACCGACUGCCGGUGCUCGGUGGCGGCGGCGGCGGCGGAGGAGGACGGAGGCGGAAGGUUAUUCGCUUGAGGGAAAAUUAUAGCGCUGAAUAUCGGUCGUGUUUGGCGCCUCCUCGCCCUGCCCUUUAUCGCCGGUUUUUUUUUCUGCUUGGUUGUUGUGUGUGAACGAGGCCGGAGCUAUUCCUCCUAGACACCGCCGCCCUUCUGAAGACCUUCCGUGGCCCGGGAGAGGCCGUCACUCGUCGCCACACCGUGUGCUCGGAUGACUCCCCCGUGGACAGGAUUUGUCAGAAUGUAGACCAGGCUGUCCAGGCAUGCUGGGAGUUGAAGUUUUGCAACAUCUGGAGGCACCCUGGUUGGGAAACACUGAUGUAGACUAUAAAGGUGGAAUGAACCUUCCGUGUUGAAUGACUAAAGUUUUCUUCGGGAAUUCUUUUGUGGCGUCUUAUAGCUGAAGCCACUCUGUGGCCAUAUUCAUCAUACAUCCGGAGUUCCUUAGGAUUUGUGAACUCCUGAAGGUCUCCACCACUAUUGUUUCUGGGACUAAAUUCAUCAUGGUCCUGUCACAGAGGCAACGCGAUGAGCUAAAUCGAGCUAUAGCAGAUUAUCUACGUUCCAAUGGCUAUGAAGAGGCAUACUCUGUUUUUAAGAAGGAGGCAGAGCUAGAUAUGAAUGAAGAGUUAGAUAAGAAGUAUGCUGGCCUACUGGAGAAGAAAUGGACAUCAGUUAUCAGAUUACAAAAGAAGGUAAUGGAAUUAGAAUCAAAGCUAAAUGAAGCAAAAGAAGAGUUUACAUCUGGAGGACCAAUUGGUCAGAAGAGAGACCCCAAAGAAUGGAUACCACGCCCUCCUGAAAAAUAUGCACUUAGUGGUCAUCGAAGUCCGGUCACUCGCGUCAUUUUCCAUCCAGUGUUUAGUGUUAUGGUUACUUCUUCAGAGGAUGCAACAAUUAAGGUGUGGGACUAUGAGACGGGAGAUUUUGAGCGCACACUCAAGGGACACACAGACUCUGUACAAGAUAUUUCAUUUGAUCAUUCUGGCAAGUUUUUGGCCUCUUGCUCUGCUGACAUGACUAUCAAGCUAUGGGAUUUCCAAGGAUUUGAGUGCAUUAGGACCAUGCAUGGCCACGAUCACAAUGUUUCAUCAGUAGCGAUAAUGCCUAAUGGAGAUCAUAUAGUGUCUGCUUCAAGAGACAAAACAAUUAAAAUGUGGGAAGUUCAGACCGGGUAUUGUGUGAAGACUUUCACAGGCCACAGAGAGUGGGUCCGCAUGGUGAGGCCCAACCAAGAUGGUACACUGAUUGCAAGUUGUUCUAAUGAUCAAACUGUUCGUGUUUGGGUAGUAGCAACGAAAGAAUGCAAAGCAGAGCUAAGAGAACAUGAGCACGUGGUAGAGUGCAUCUCUUGGGCUCCUGAGAGCUCCUAUUCAACUAUAUUGGAUGCCACAGGAUCUGAGACUAAGAAGAGUGGUAAACCCGGACCGUUUCUGCUAUCAGGAUCCAGAGAUAAGACUAUUAAGAUGUGGGACAUCAGCAUUGGCAUGUGCCUAAUGACUCUUGUUGGCCAUGAUAACUGGGUACGUGGUGUUCAGUUUCAUCCAGGAGGUAAAUUUAUAUUGAGUUGUGCUGAUGACAAGACCCUUCGUAUUUGGGACUAUAAAAACAAGCGCUGCAUGAAGACCCUAAAUGCACACGAACAUUUUGUUACCUCUUUGGAUUUCCACAAGACUGCCCCCUAUGUGGUCACUGGAAGUGUAGAUCAAACAGUAAAAGUGUGGGAGUGCCGUUGAUUUAAAUUUCACCUUGGAUCCCAUUGCCUCUCCCCUUCCUCUGGAUGCACUCAGAUACCAUGGUUACCCAUUGAGCUCUGUUAAAUACCUAUUGUCCUUUCAUGUAAAUUAUUCUGGAUGUAGAUUGAGCUUAUUAAAUGUUACACAAAAAGUAUUCAUGCAUGGUGAAUCCAAAUUGUAUACUGUAAAUUUUACAUACGUUGUCUAGAAGUACCAUAGGUUAAAGAACAUGGGCAGGCAUUGGUCACAUCAGACCUAACAGGCAAGAACUGGGUAAUUCUGGGGUGUCCCUCGCUCUACCUGCAGAAUCAUGCCUGUCACUCUUUGUCUUCGGUUGUGGUUGGCUCACUUCAGAAGCACAUCUUUGUGGGGCUUUUUGAAAAGUAAUGUGGAUCUACUACACUAUUUUAGUGAGCUUUAAAAAUUGUACACUUCGUGUUGGAGUGUCUGCAGAAUUGGAGUUUGUGUAGCAGCAGCACUUGUCUUUUAUGUAUGUAAAGAUUACUGCAAAACAUGGCACUAAAUACUUUGUUGCAGGUAUUAAACUUACCGUUACACGUGGUUUGUUUCCCUUUUUAAUUUUUUUUUGUUAUUGAGGGUUUGAAUGCUCUACCGUUUGAUUAGUGUCUAAUAAUCCCCACUUAGGGUUCUUUCAGGGGCAUUACACACUUGAUGGCCUUUAUGGAGAUUGUUGGAUGGUAACCAAAGACUUCACAUCAGUUGUAAGAAUUAUGCAACAAAAUUGUCAAACAUAGCUAAAUUUGUUCUUCUAGCCACCACCUGCUCCAUGAGAACAGUGGAACGCGUUACCUCUUCAUUUUUUACGACAGUCCACCAUUGUGUGCCUCCAGAUUAGCUACCACCAUGCCUUCAUUUAGAGCAGAGGUCUGUUUUUGUUUUGUUUUUUUAUUAUUAGGGGAUGUCCACUAUAAACCCCUGUAUGAACUGAAAUUUAUGAAAUAUAUUUGCAUCAUAAAUGGAUGACAUCAAACGAAAACUCACUGUAGGUACUGAAACAGUUAUCAAAUGUCUGAAUGAUUUAUGACAUCAUCAGAGGUGAGACUACCUAUAGACUCCUUUGCCCCUUUUAGCUGUAAAUGGCUAAAGCUGACCAAUUGCUUUGUCAGCCAGGUAGAGCUUUAUUGUCACCUUGUUUCCUCACUUUACAACACAUUUAUUAACUCCUUUACAAGAAACUUAUGAGAAGCUAAUGAGUUAAAUGUGACCUAAAUCAAUAACUGAAAAAACAACUUCUAGAGUAGCUUGUGGCUGAUUUGUUGGAGGAAUUAACUUGGUAGGGAGCUUCAUUGGGCACGCCACUAGUCAUGGAAACUGCAGGAAUGAAACACGCCCUAUCAUCUUAGUCUAUACACACCCAUGGUAUGGGUUAACCACACAGUACACUCUUCUUAUAGAAUGCUUGGUUAACUCUUAGCUGUUUAAUUGUAAAAAGACAGAAGAUUAGUACUGAAGUGUCAUGUCUGCUCCCAGACACAUGACCACAUUGUGGAGCAGCGACUUCAAGGAAGUAAAUGUGAACACUGUAAGAAAAAUCAUCAGUUCUGAUACAAGAUCUAGUCAUUGCUUUUCAAAAAGUACCUUCUGAGUCUAUUAUCUGGAUUAACACUGCUGACUGCAUUCAUUCCAGUCCAUCUACCAUGUCUGUAUAUAUGGGAGACUUUGUGCAAGAAUUCCCUUUUUGUGGAUUUUUUUUUUUUUUUUUUGGCACAUUGAAUUUUUUUUUCACCUCUAACAUGAAUAAAAUAUAUAUAUAUAAGCAAGAGUUCCCAGUACUCCUUGAAGCUCAUGCACUCACUUUUGUUUUCAGAAGCACAGCUCAUUGUAUGGUCCACCACGUAUCCUACCUUACUCUAGGAGGGGGAAUGUGCUGUUAAAUGAAACAAAAAAGCAGCGGAAAAUGCACAAAGACCUUGUGGGUACUUGGCAUGUUGUAUCCAGCUAUGGAAUAUGGAGAGACCUUUUCACAAUACACUAAUGUAGUAUAAUACAGUUUCACUUCUUAGUGUGAGCAUGUAGGUCCUGCAGUAACCAUUUUCUCCAAUAAGCUCUGGUCGGUGUAGCACAUCUCAUCCAGCCAUCUGUACGUCAUGUUGUUGUGUUUUUUUUUUUAUAAACCUUUUAUGAAAAGAGUAAGGUCCAGUUUUUGCUCUCUGUUUUUAAAUUGGGACUUGUGUAAUGCAAAGAAGAUCUUCAUCCACAGCCUGGGUCCAGCUCUCUAUUGAAUCGAAUUUCUGGACGCCUUGAAAUUAACAGUAUGCACACUAUGUAAUGGAUUCCUUGGCUGCUGAUCAGAUAUACAGUCAGCUUUCAUGUUGGCUCUUAAUCAUUGGGCAAGUGUGAGUGUGCCUUAUUGCCUCUUUACUUGUACUUUGGUAUCUUUUGUAUAGUAUGUUGAAGCAUCGAUGACCUGCUUUGUAGUGCUGCUGUCUUUUAAAGAGAUUGGAGAGGCCUAGCUGAAGGCUCGAGCUCACAGAAAAUGCCUUUAGAUAUUCAGAACCAAAAGAGGAAAUUCCAUGUCAUAGAUGAAGUCACUCCAUGCAUUUUUUAUUUUUUUUGGAGGGGGGUGGGGGGGUUCAUUAGAUGUCUAUUUGCUCCCUGUGUUUAAGGAAUAUUGUGUCCUAUAAACAGCAGAUCAGCAAGAGAAAAUGGAGAUGGCGGCAAAUGGCACUAACUAAUAAAAAUGCACAGUGGGGGAAGGUGAUGGGUGACACAGUAGCCAUGGCAUACCAUAGGCCUGAUCGUUUCCAUCAAAGCAGAAAACUAACUUAUCAGCUUAUAAGCGUUCAAGAGAAUUCGCUCCUACUUACUAGUACAAACUUCUCGAACAGCAAAGGACUCGCACUUCAGAGGGAUGCCUGGCUUCUCCUGCUAACCUGUGGUGGCAACGUUGAACUUUUGCUGUCGGUGCCUCUACAAUGACUGUUGAAGAGGCAAAGUCCAUGCAAACCAACAUCAGGCUUCAUCUCUAAUGUCUCCCUGUUGACGGACAUUUGUAUGCCUUGUGUUGCCUGUAAUUGAAAUCUAGUCCUAGUUAUGGCUCAAAGUGCGAACUUGUUCUACCAGUAGUAAUCAGAAAUGUGGGGACUUGUUGUUGCUGUCUAAUAGCAUCUUGCACUUUAGAAGUAUAAGCCGUCCUGCUUUUGUGUGGUGUGACCAAUGAUGUGCCCAGGCACUAAUCAAACAAUAGUUACUAGCAAGUUGUCCAGGGCUGUGGAGCACUGUAGAUAAAGAAACUGACUCUAGACCCACCAAGCCCAGUCUACGUAUAAUUGUCAAUCCCCCCCCACCCCCCGCUUCUGUUUGCCUCUUCUGCUUUGUGAUCCUCUGGUACUUUACUACUUUUCCCAGCACUCCACCAGUGCCCUCUGCAAGAGAUGUGUAAACUUACUAUAUUGCUAUCCAGCGGUGACUUGGUAAUCCUGGAAAUGUUUCUGUGGCAAAAUGGGGGGACAAAAUAUAUAUCUAACAAAAUAACUGGCACUUACAUUACUUGUCAAGACCGUAGGCAUAGAUAAUAAAUUAAACUUACAGAUUGAAGUCUGUGGUGAAUGUAAAUUCUGGGGAAAUGUUCCCCCUUUGUAAAUGGGGUGAUGGAUUUACAAGUCACAACUGAGAUGUUUUUUUUCUCUUCUAACCGACUGUCUUAUUUUAGCUGUCCCACAUUAUGUACGUGGCUACUUUUUCUGUCCUCCAGGCUGCCAUUGUCCCACACUUCAUUCCUCACCUAUCUUGAGUUCCUUCUUGAAGAACAUUUUGAUCUUCAGCGUAGUUGACCCUGACACGGACAUGAGAUUGUGUCCAUUUUCAUAAGAGAAAAAAAAACAGGAAGGUUUUAUUUUGGAGGAUUUUUUUUUUUUUCCAAGACUGUAAGCGUUAACUGAGAAGAAAGUGACACAAUUAAAAGACAUAUAAAAAUCAGUAAAGGAAUGUAUAUAAUACUGCUCUGUGUUUUACAGUAAGAUUUGUUGCUCUCAGACUGUGUAAAACAAAAUUUAUUCAUGUUUUCUGCAUAUUAAAAAAAAAUCUUAUUGUACCAAUUGGUAAACUAUUAAAUGCAUAUAAAACUA